AUGGCGGCGGAACAAGGAAAAGCGCGGCAACGCAUAGAAAGCUCACACAGACCUGUUGCGAUACUAAUAAGUGCUGACGACGGAGAAGAUGUUUGGACAGGAAAAGGUCUCUCGCGAAGUUCAUCUGUGCAAAAUCAGAGUAUUUUCUCCCACCGUUAUUCUCAUCUUCACCGUAAUAUCCCGUUUCGGCCCAAUCUUGCUCGUCUUCCGAUAACCCUUCAUCAUUCAUGUCAUAAACGCAUCGCAUACCUUUUGCCAGCGAGUAUUUUAGCCAUGUUACCGUUGUUAUUCGCAACGAAAACAUCACUUUCAUCGCAAACGAUAAAAUCGAGUGCAGCCAUGCGAGACGAGAAGGACGAAAAUGGAGCAAUCUCUUCCUUGCUAGCAAUAGUCUCUUUGGUGUGGAGAUUGGGGAAAAGAGCUUUUAAAGGUGCCAAUGUAUCUUCACCUCCGUAA